AUAUUAAUGAAGCUAGGUACUUACUUGUUCAUUUAAGAAAGAGUACACAACAUAACACUAACACACACUGUUAGCAUAUUCUCAUUUUAUUCAUAAGCAAUCAUGUCAGAGACAGAGUGUAAGGUAACACUUGAUUCAAAACUAACGGUUGUGUCAAGCAGACCAGUGAGUUCGGGUAAGAGCCACAAGUUGACGGGUGUAGACCAUGGUAUGAGUUAUCAUACACUGCAUUUGAUAUACUAUUACAAAAAUGAAGAAAAAUGGUUUGGAUCAUUUGAGUUGGACCCGUUGAGAGAAUCAUUGUCUGAAGUAUUGUCGAUAUAUCCGACAAUAACGGGCCGGUUGGGCCGAGAGAAGGAGGAGGAUGGUGGUAAUUGGGAAGUUAGGUGUAAUGAUGCUGGUGUUAGAAUCAUAAAAGCUAAUGUGGAUAGUACUAUUGAUGAAUGGCUAUCAUCUUCUGCUACUGGAUCUGAUGAGGCACAGCUUAUAGCUUGGGAUGAUAUGCCUCAUGACCCUAGCACAUGGUCACCUUUUAGAAUUCAGAUAAAUAGCUUCAAAGAAGGUGGUGUAGCAAUAGGACUAAGUUAUAGUCACAUGCUUUCUGAUUUAACUUUUGCAUCAUCAUUCUUCAAAUCAUGGACCCAAACUCACCGCCACAGCCCCAUUUCCAACUCACCUUUCUUCACUCCAAUCAAUAUUACUACCUCUUCACCACUCCUAAAUAACAACAUUCCAAAUUCAUCCCUAAAACCACAAACUAUUACCUCUUCAUCAAACCUAGCCACAGCCACUUUCAAAUUCUCAAGUUCAAUCAUUAAACAUUCCCUCUCCAUAAUCCAAAACAAAAAAUGUCUCAAUGCCACCCCAUUUGACUUCCUCUCAGCUUUAUUUUGGACUCGUGUUACUCACUUGAAGCCCACAAAAAUUCAUAAUCAAACUCACUCUUUAUCAAUCUGCAGAGACUUCAGAAAGCUAAUAAAACCAUCCCUCCCAACUGGAUAUUUCGGAAACGCGUUACAUUUUUCAAAUCUUUCGCUAAAAAUGGAAGAAAUGGAGAAUGGUGAAUUAGGAGACAUAGCAAGUUUAAUUCACACAAAGUUGAAAGGGGUUACUGAUAAAGAAAUAAGGUCUUCAAUAGAAUGGUUUGAGUCACAAAAGGAAACUGAGGAAGGGAAAUUUGGAACACCUAAAUGCAUGUAUGGGAAAGAGUUAACUUUUGUCUGCAUGGAAGAGGAAGAGACAGAAUCAUUGUUGUAUGAAUCAAUGUUUUGUGAUAGUGAGAAACCAGCUCAUGUUUCUUGUCGAGUGGGGAAUGUGGAAGGUGAAGGUUUGAUUAUAGUGAUGCCUUCUUCAGAAGGAGGGUUUGCAAGAACUGUGAUAGUAAUGUUGAAGGAGGAAGAACUUGAUAAAUUAUGCAAUGAUCAAGAAAUAUUGAAGCUUGAGCCAAAGAUUAUCCUUGCUGGUUGUAGGAUAAACCGUUGAUUUUUUAAAAUGCUACUAAAUUCCGUUUGAGUCAACAAUUAUUGGCAGGGUAGUUGUUGUAUAACUAAAUUCUGUUUGUAUGAAUUAAUAAGUGUAAGCUUUGUUUGGAAGAAUUAAUUAUUGGCAUGGCAGUGGCUGUUAGUUGUAACUGAAAAUUUAAAUUGUGAUUAUGAGACCGAUUAUAAUCAGUGUAAGCGUGGGAUAAGAUAUGUGUGUACUUUUUACUAGAAUGAAUUGUUUGGUGCAAAAAUUUGUUUAUUU